CGCUUAAUUACUUGGCUAUAAAUAAGGUGGUGAAGUGGCCAUGAAUGGAUCACAAAGCUUCACCCACUCCAAACCUCUAACACCUGCAGUGGCCUGCUGCCUAUAUUUGUCCAAUUCGACACCGAUCGAUCAGCUUAAGAGGCUGAGCUUAAUUAAUAAUCACUAGUGGUCACACGUGUAAGCACUACUAGUUAGCAUCAGUUUGCAUAAUCCCCUCGCAUAUUUGCAGCUAGCUAGUUAUACAUAUAUAUGGCAGGAAUCUAGCUUGGCUGUGCUUGUUCUUGAUCCAUCCAUCGCCAAUUCGCCAUGCAUGCGUUCUUGCCCUGAGUCGAUCUUGUGAAUUGGUGGUGGUCGGAGAGAUAGAUUGGUUGGUUGCGAGGGCGAGGCGGCGGCGGCGGCGGCGAAGGGGAUGAAGGCGACGUCGGAGGGGGCGUGGCAGGGGGACAACCCGCUGCGGUUCUCGCUGCCGCUGCUGAUCGUGCAGAUCUGCCUCGUCGUCGUCUUCACCCGCGGCCUCGCCUACGCCCUCCGCCCUCUCCGCCAGCCUCGCGUCAUCGCCGAGAUCAUCGGCGGCAUCCUCCUGGGCCCGUCGGCGCUUGGGCGGAACAAGCGAUUCCUCGACAAUGUCUUCCCCAAGGACAGCCUCACCGUGCUCGACACGCUCGCCAACGUCGGCUUGCUCUUCUUCCUCUUCCUCGUCGGCCUCGAGCUCGACCCGGCCUCGCUCCGCCGCACCGGCCGCACCGCCCUCGCCGUCGCCGCCGCCGGGAUCUCGCUCCCGUUUGCUCUCGGCGUCGGCGCCUCGCUCGUGCUCCGCGCCGCCAUCGCCCCCGACGCCCCCCGUGGCCCGCUCAUCGUGUUCAUGGGCGUCGCGCUGUCGAUCACCGCGUUCCCCGUCCUCGCGCGCAUCCUCGCCGAGCUCAAGCUCCUCACCACCGACAUCGGACGCAUGGCCAUGUCGGCCGCGGCUGUCAACGACAUCACCGCGUGGGUGCUGCUUGCCCUCGCCAUCGCGCUCUCGGGAUCCGGGUCGCCGCUCGUGUCCAUCUACGUCCUGCUCUGCGGCGUCGCGUUCGUCGGCUUCGCCACGGUCGCCGUGCGGCCCGUGCUCGUCUUCAUGGCACGGCGGUCGCCGGAGGGCGAGCCGGUGAAAGAAUCGUUCGUCUGCGCCAUUCUAGUCAUCGUUCUCGCCGCCGGCUUCGCCACGGACGCCAUCGGCAUCCACGCGCUGUUCGGCGCGUUCGUCAUCGGCGUGCUCGUCCCCAAGGAAGGCGCCUGCGCCGGCGCGCUGACGGAGAAGGUCGAGGACCUGGUGUCGUCGCUGUUCCUUCCCCUCUACUUCGUGUCGAGCGGUCUGAAGACGGACGUCACCACCAUCUCCGGCGCCAAGUCGUGGGGGCUCCUCGUGCUCGUCAUGACGACGGCCUGCGCCGGCAAGAUCGGCGGCACGGUGGCGGCGUCGCUGCUGAUGCGUGUGCCGCUGCGUGAGGCGCUCGCGCUGGGGAUGCUGAUGAACACCAAGGGGCUCGUGGAGCUCAUCGUGCUCAACAUCGGACGCGACCGGAAGGUGCUCAACGAGGAGGCCUUCGCCAUCCUCGUGCUCAUGGCGCUCGUCACCACCUUCAUGACCACGCCGGCCGUCACCGCCGUGUACAAGCCGGCGCGGCGGCAGGCGUCGUACAAGCACCGCACGGUGGAGCGCGCCGACGCCGACAGCGAGCUGCGCGUGCUCGCGUGCUUCCACGCCAGCCGCGGCAUCCCGACGCUGAUCAACCUCGUGGAGGCGUCGCGCGGCACGAGGAGGAGCAAGCUCACCAUGUACGCCAUGCACCUCGUCGAGCUGUCGGAGCGCUCGUCGGCCAUCUCCAUGGUGCAGCGCGCGCGCCGCAACGGGCUCCCGUUCGCGAGCCGGCGCGGCCACGAAGGCGGCGGCGGCGGCGGGGAGGUGGUGGUGGCGUUCGAGGCGUUCCAGCGGCUCACCGCCGUGACGGUGAAGCCGAUGACGGCCAUCUCCGACCUCGACACCAUCCACGACGACAUCGUCGCGUCGGCGCUGGACAAGCGAUCCGCCAUCAUCCUGCUCCCGUUCCACAAGAUGCUCUGCCAUGACGGCACGCUCGAGCCCGUGGACCGGGCGUUCCACCAGGUGAACGUCCGGGUGCUCCGCGACGCGCCAUGCUCCGUCGCCGUCCUCGUCGACCGCGCGCUCGGUGGCGCGGCGCAGGUCUCGGCGCCGGACGUCUCCUACUCGGUCCUCCUCCUCUUCUUCGGCGGCGCCGACGACCGCGAGGCGCUCGCGUACGCCUCACGCAUGGGCGAGCACCCUGGCAUCGCGCUCACCGUGGCCCGUUUCACGGCCGCCGCCGACGACGCCGCCGAAGACGACGACGCCAUACAAAAGCACAUCUCCAACGUGCGCAAGGCCGGAAACGACGGAGCGUUCAAGUACGACGAGGUGUCGGCCCAUGGCCGGCAAGAAGUGGCGUUCGCCAUCAAGACACUGGGUAGAGGCAAGAACCUGGUGGUGGCCGGGCGGUCGGCGGCGGUGGCGACGCCGCUGGUGGACAAGACGGACUGCCCGGAGCUCGGCCACGUCGGGAGCUACCUGGCGACGCCGGAGUUCUCGACGACGUCCUCCGUGCUCGUGGUGCAGAAGUACGACUCGAGAGGUGACACUGGCACAUCGUCGUCGAGCCAAGCCGGAGGAGAGGCGACCGUGGAGGAAUCCGGCGUGCCAAUCCGCCGGCCAUAGUCGCCGGAGGAGACGGCCGCUACGUCGAGGCAGCCGGCGGAGCCAUAGUCGCACUGCCUCUCUGCUGCAUGAUAGCACGUAUAUAGCAACAUUAGUGUGUCCCUCCUGUCGGUGAUUAGAUCAUAUUUGGUUGUUAAUUAUUAGCUAAUUAGUUGUUAAAUUAGGGUUCACAGGUUUAUUUAGAGAAAGUUUAAUAGUAUAGCCAACUAUGGCUCCAAAUCGCCUAUAUAAUAGCCAAUGUAUACAAUAGUUACCUAUAAAUAUAUACUAUAUAAUUAAUAAUGUCUGGUCUCACCUGUC